AUGAAGAUCCUGGUCUUGGUUUUGGUUUGCCUACACCUCUCAGAGGGUGUGGAAAGAAUUAUCCUGAAGAAAGGCAAGUCCAUCCGCCAGGUGAUGGAAGAGCGGGGUGUCCUAGAGACAUUCCUGAGGAACCACCCAAAGGUUGACCCAGCUGCCAAGUAUCUUUUCAAUAAUGAUGCUGUUGCUUAUGAGCCCUUCACCAACUACCUGGAUUCCUACUACUUUGGAGAGAUCAGCAUUGGGACACCACCACAAAAUUUCCUGGUCCUCUUUGAUACGGGCUCCUCCAACCUGUGGGUGCCCUCCACCUACUGCCAGAGCCAGGCCUGCUCCAAUCACAACAGGUUCAACCCCAGCAGAUCCUCCACCUACCAAAGCAGCGAGCAAACCUAUACACUGGCCUAUGGUUUUGGCAGCCUGACUGUGCUCCUGGGAUAUGACACUGUGACUGUUCAGAACAUUGUCAUCCAUAACCAGCUAUUUGGCAUGAGUGAGAAUGAACCCAACUACCCAUUUUACUAUUCAUAUUUUGAUGGUAUCCUGGGAAUGGCCUACUCCAACCUGGCAGUAGAUAAUGGCCCAACAGUCCUGCAGAACAUGAUGCAGCAGGGCCAGCUCACCCAGCCCAUCUUCAGUUUCUAUUUCUCUCGCCAGCCAGGCACUUAUGGUGGAGAGCUCAUCCUGGGAGGUGUGGACACACAGUUUUAUUCUGGUGAGAUCGUCUGGGCUCCAGUCACUCGGGAAAUGUACUGGCAGGUUGCCAUCGAUGAGUUUCUCAUCGGUAACCAGGCCACUGGCUUGUGCUCUCAGGGCUGUCAAGGCAUCGUGGAUACAGGAACCUUCCCACUGACUGUUCCUCAGCAGUACUUGGACACCUUUGUGAAGGCAACAGGAGCCCAGCAAGAUCAAAGUGGCAAUUUUGUGGUCAACUGCAACUCCAUACAGAGCAUGCCCACCAUCACCUUUGUCAUCAGCGGGUCACCUUUACCUCUGCCUCCAUCUACCUAUGUUCUUAAUAACAAUGGCUACUGCACACUUGGGAUUGAGGUCACUUACCUGCCCUCCCCCAAUGGGCAGCCUCUGUGGAUUCUGGGAGAUGUCUUCCUCAGGGAAUAUUACACAGUCUAUGAUAUGGCUGCCAACAGAGUGGGUUUUUCGUUCUCUUCCUAG